AUGUGUUAUGAGCAAAAAAAAAAAUUUUCCACCGUUAGCGCAUCAGCGGUUCGUAGGAGUCGUGCGCAAGAAUCCAGGAAAUCACAAGACGGGCCAUUGAUAUCGAUUACGGCGUCAGAGGUUCCACAACUACCGCAGGCUGCAACCUCCGUAACAGCACGCAGACAAACAAGCCAUAGUUCUACCAAGAAAGGUCGUUCUUAUUUUUCACUACAAAAACAUCUGCCGACUUUGCUGAUAUCUUAUACGCACUCAUGCAACUCUAUUUAUGAUUUGUAUGUUGUUUCCAGUAAAACCAAACUAUCGGAUCAGAUUCCGAUCAUUUUAAAUGAGAUUAAAGAAAUUUGCCGCCGAUACAAAACGCUGAGAAAUCAUAGUCCAAACCAAUCCUUGGUCAGUGAGUGUGUGAUUUCGAACCUAACGAAGUCGAAUUCCAAGCAACCGCCAGGUAGUAGUCUGACUGCUCUUCAGAGCGGUGUCAUAGAGCGGGUUUUGUUUCUUAUUACAAUUCUUUUUCCACCUUCAUCCAACCAUUUCGUAUCAGAACAAGCACUUUUGGCUCAACCAAACUCAAGGUCGAUGAAGGAAUUCAUCGUGACUCCAAAGGAGAGACGCAAGUUGUGGAGGGCGCUUAUGUGCAAUACCAACAAUACCUUUCCUAUGUUGUUAUCUGCUGCGCGAACUGACCUGAUGUGCGCACCUGAUCCUCAUCCAGCUGCUCUUUUACUUUCGCUUUUGUACAACCUAUUCCAAGCGCUCCGCGGAAAGCCUAUAUUGAAAAAGGUGAUUGAACUGUGCAUUAUGUUGGGUCUUUAUAAGAUUUGUACCAAUAUUUUAAUGGUACACACAAGUACACAAGUCUUUUCUGUGAAGGGUGAUGGUACAAGUGAAGUGCAGUUAUACUAUCGCUGCCGAGUGAUUGAAGCAGUUGCAUUGAUUAUGACCUUAACAAGUCAUUUUCAUCCAAAGGGCCAUAUUGUAAUUCGUCUCACAUGUAUCCUGGAGCGUCUUCUAUAUUCCCUAGGUGUUCUGGUAGAUCUACUGGACAUCAGACUCAGAGAUUUCCUUGAUGCCCUAAGUAGUCUGGAUGACCUUGACAAGUCCAUCAAUAAAGAGGAAGCCCGCGAAAGACUACUUCAGCUUAUUAAAAGUGCUGUACGCUCAACUUCUUUUCUCUGUUCUGCGUGCACGCACUUAUCUAUGUCCAUAUUUUCAGCAGCCAAGUCAUCAAACAACGCGAACGAUCUGGGUGCAAGGUGUGUUGGUGUCUGUGCCAAACUGAUAGCCUUACUAUCUAGUACCCUGUAUCUUGAAAUUCCAAGCCACCUCUAUCAGGUAUUUACAACACAAUCGAACACUCCUCUUUCGUUGUGUAAACUGCCUGAAGGCUUUAUGGGAAAUGAAGCUUCUCACCAUGAAGUGCCAUCGUGGGUGCUUCUAUGGUCGCGCGGCCUGGAAGUGUCUAUGUUCUGGGCAGUGGCCUUACUUCAACGAGUUUGUAAGCGGACCAAGGCCAAAAUCACUUGUAGUAUAGGAGCACAUAAACACAACACACUCUUAUCAUUGUAUACAGUUCUGUGGGUUAUCACGCAGGAAAUCGGAAAAGGUGUUGAAAAUUGCGAAGCUUCUGGAAAGAAUCAAACACCUACUGCUUUUUCACAAUCUCAGCUGGAACACCAAAUGUGUAUAAUACACACGACACUCAUCACCAUCGACACUCUCUUAAGGGCAAAUCGGAAGUUGGGGCUGGAGGAGUUAAAUGCAGUUGGAGGUGUCGCUUCACUUGUGAAGCUGGUGCUUCAGUUACCGCUAGUCGGUGUGGAUCAGUGGUGCCACUGUUACAUUCUCUGUUGCUCUUUUUACGGUCUUUCACUUCUUCCGUCAUGUUCGGAGAAUGAGUCUGCCUACACCGUAAAUUCACGAGUCCCAACAUUUACUCUACCUAAUGAUAACGAGACUUAUCGAUGCUUUACACCCGAAGCGAAGACACUAUCAAUAUCGCAGUCAAAUUUUGUGAUGGAGGCUGCAUCUAGCGAGGAUGUUCCUAUCCCAGAAAAAGGGUUUGAUAUAUCAGAUUUGAUAUCUCCGGUGGGGAAGUUACCGUUCACUGAUACACUGGAUCUUUUACCAGUAGAUCAGUGUCCGUCAUGGUUUUCCACAGAAUUGAACAACGGGUUUAUCCCUCCCAAGACUGAGAUGCCACUUGAAAAUUCUGUGGAACUUCCAUGGCCGUUUACCGACCCACCACUACCGCCAACUACUUAUUGUCCUCAUCACCCAAACGAUGAGCCAGUGGAACCACUUGAGGUCUUGAGCAAUUCCCAGCGAAUCGACAUCAUUAUGCAUCAUAUCAAACGUCUUCUCUAUCUUAACAGGACUUCUGAUGAUGCAAACGAAGACUCUACACACCAUCAUCGUUAUCGCGUCGUCUACGAUCGCACGCGAGAUGUUGAGAAGGGAGAAACAACAGCAAUGGAAAUUAAUGAAAGUACUUUUAACGAUAAUGUUGUAAGUGAUUCAUUAAGUAAUGCUAAAACGUUAAGAGACACCUCUUCGCUAACGUUUCGUAGCAACUUUCCCUCUGGCAACCUUCAACGAGCUAUCUUCGUUAGCGAAGAUGAGUAUGAUUUAAUACUGAGCUGGGAUACUGGCACAAAUUCAUUCACUCAAUGGUUCUGCUUCUCUGUUUCUGAUUAUGAGCCUGGUAAAACAUAUCGUUUUAACAUAAUCAACAUGGAAAAAAGUGGCUCAUUGUUUAAUGAAGGUCAGCGUGUGUUAAUGUUACAUGAUACGUUCACUGAAUCUUUUUCCUUUCCGUACCAUAGAGUGCCGAACACAUCGAAACCGAGUAGAUGGCUGCGCGCAGGGGAGUUUAUUUACUAUUUUCCUAACCCCUACGGCAAACCGACAAGGCUAUCACUUCGGAAUAAGCUGCCGCUGACUUCAUCGUGUAGCAUUACACUCACUCGCCCCACAAAUCAGCCAGCUGAAGCGAAACCAAAAAAACAAGUCCAGCGUUCACGUCACAUUCCAUUGUACAUGCAUCAAAGAAGAGAUACCACACCAAAGACAGCCAGUAAAAAGUCUUCCUUAGCUUCCUCGCACGCAGUUCUUGGGAAGAAAGCUAGUCCAUCAUUAUGUGCCGAAGGUGGCGCAAAUGAAGGAUUCUCUAAAACAUACUUUACGCUAUCUUUUACAAUUACCAUGCCGACAGAGGUGCCAUACAAGGUUUACAUCGCAAAUUGUUUCCCUUACACAUACUCAGAGGUUCUUGGACAACUGCGACGGCUCAGUUCAGCAGCCCAUACCGACGACACGACUACGACUACUACUAAUAAUAAUACAAGUGAACUGAGCAGUGGAGGGAGGCCCGCUCAUUUUACUAUCCAGCAGUUAUGUCGCACACCUGGGGGGCUCCCGGUACCGUUCGUCACGGCGACGGCCCUCUAUUCCCUGACCGAGCGGAGGCGUUAUACACCUGAGGAGAUCCGCUGGCGACCGGUGAUUCUCCUCACAGCGCGUGUUCAUCCAGGAGAGUCUAACUCAAGCUGGGUGAUGCAUGGCAUCCUCGAGGCACUUUUGGCGCCAGUCAACGUUCAUACGGCGCACAAUUCUCGUGGAAAUACUACUGAUGCUGAAGGCCUCCACCAAGUGGUCAAUGACUUGCUUCAUCAUUUUGUCUUUAAGAUUAUACCCAUUCUCAAUCCCGAUGGUGUGGUCAUGGGUAAUCACCGCUGUUCUAUAUUUGGUGUUGAUCUAAAUCGUGAUUUCUUGAAUCCCGAUGCAAAGUCAAACCCAGUGGUAUACUCUCUUAAACAGCUGCUUCGCCAUAUGAUUACAACCGAACAGCGCUCUGUUAUUCUAUACACUGAUUUUCACGGUCAUUCACGUGCAAAGAAUUUUAUGAUAUAUGGCUGCACCGAGGAAGCCAUAUCUUCUUUAAAGAAAAAAAGAAAAGAAAAGAACGAUUUCCGUAAAAGAAGAUGGUAUAUUGCCUUCUUCCAUUUCUACCACUACCGCCACAGCGGCUGCCGACCCUCAAGCUGGUGA